GUUAAUAUGAUAAUUCAGUUUUAUGCAUACCCUUGAUCUUAGAUAAUAACAGCCUCUAUUUUUAGGUUGCACGAAGAUACAUAAAUGAAGCUGCUCAGAGUUCUCAACAGAAGCAUCAAUAUGAUCCAAUGGAUGUAGAUGCUCUAAGAGCAUUAAUUGAGAGGAAAGGUCCAAGUAUACUGGCUGAUUAUGAAACGUCAGGAAUGCUCUCUGAGGUUUCAAGAAAACUUCUUGUGAAGAUCGGAGUUGGUGUGUUGGUGGAACGUAGGGGAUUUUACCCUUCUAGUGAGGAGAAACUGGCGUUGGCAAAGAAUAUGGUGACAAUAUUCCCAUCCCUAAAGAUCAAGAUGGGAGAGGAGAAUGAAGGAUUUGAGCAUUUCUACAAUCCAGUGUCCCACAGUGGCUUCAUUGAAAUUAAACUAAGAAAUCUACGGCGGAAUCUUCAUGACGAUGAGCGCCGCUACCGGCGCAAACGUUACCAGAUGACUAAUUCAUCUAAAGCGUCUGUCUCUUUGGAAAUGAAUGCUGAAGGGGAGGAGUUCACCCAAGAGUGCACAACUGUGAUUAAAAGGAUGAAACUAUCUCCAGAAAAUCUCAAUACCAUCAAUGUGGGCAUGGAGAAAACUUACACCAGUCGCAGGUUAUGGAUUGCGAACAAGUCCCCAGGAGUGAAGAACAUUUUUGAACAAUACCCUUGUUUCGUAGAUAUGCCUUAUUUGUUUGAUACAGAGUUUGGAAAAAUGUUCCCUGGGAAGGUGGACCUGUUUCUUCGAAAAUGGGAUGGAAAUAUUGUUCCAAAAUUGUUAAAGAUGUAUGCAAUGAAAUACCCUGCCAUUCCAGCUAGUAACGAUUGUGAUGAGUCAUGCUACAGAGCUCUUCAAAUGCUUACUCAACUCCUGCCACCUACUGCGUCAGGAAGAGCCAAAGGCUGGGCUAAAUGCAGUGUAAAGUCGGCCAUUACUUACCUUUUGGACAUAAAGCAGGAUGAAACCAGCAAUUCCAGUCUCUUGGAUAGUUCCCAACGCAUCAUGGAAAACCAUCAACCCCACAUUGUCUGUGUAGGAUCCCCAAGUACUACAGCACAAUAUUUUAUUGUGGCAGAGAAUGAGGAAGUCAUCAUUCCACUCGAAGACAGCAAUCUCACACGUGCCGUUGACAAACUGUUCAAAAUGUAUUGGGUUUGUAAUGUGACAUAUCCUGCUCAAUUAACCUCUGUUUUUAAUUUCUUUGAAACUGUUUAUGACAUGCCUCUCUCUGGUGGAAAGAGAUCUAAAGUUGUGGAGCUCAUUGCUAAUCUUCAAGCAGUUUCCUAAGCUACAUUAUACUAAGCCCUGUAGCACCCAUGUACAUUUGUCCCAAAGUGUAGGAAGUCAAUUUUUGGAAACGUACAGGUCAUUUUAAGUUUGUAGUCAAAACUUUCAUUCUUAUGCGAAAUAUAUUAAUAGAAAGCAAACCUAAUCCAUAUUAAAGACCCCGAUAUAUGUUACAAUGACUUCACAUUUAGGAUAAAAGGAUCAACACGAUCUAAGACUGUUGAAAAGAACAGCUAUAUAAAACUCACAUUUAAGCGUUCCCAAACGCUUCUGUCCUAUUACAGUUACACAAUCCCACUAAAUCCACAAAUCGUAGGAUUACAUCGUAAUAUGAAAUUAAUGAACUACAAUAACAGUCAAUGACUUGUAGUUUCAUAGGGAUAUUUGGGUUCAGACAUUUUCACCGGACACACGUGCGCUGUUGCGGUUAUGCGUCGGAAGUUAACUUCCAGUCUAGACUAGUGGCCUGACUAGUGGCUAAACUGAACUCUGAAACAAAUACCUAGUCGAAAAUAAAAAAAAAAUUUGGUUUCCUAAAAUCGAGGUUAGACGGAGAUCAUGGAUCACCGCUACAGUAUUUGAAGGGAGGUUUGGCAGUCGAUCUGCAGUUAAAGGAAUAUUCCAUUUUCUUUAAAGAAAAAUCCAGAUAAUUUCCUCACCACCAUGUCAUCCAAAAUGUUGAUGUCUUUCUUUGUUCA